CAGUGAGAGGGUCGAGGGCGUGAGAGCGCAGAGCUGUGAGGCAUCGUUUCGAUCAGCCUCCGAUUAUUGAUUGUGAUUGAUCCAUCAUGUCCGCGCUGGAGGAGUACGAGCGCGCGCCCAAGCGCCUGAAGGUGUCCGGCGAGGCUGAGGAUGAGGAGGAGCUGGAGGAAGGCGAGGAGUCAGACUCAGCAUCCGCGGGGCUCCUGGGUGACGAUGAGGAGGAUGAAGGGCAGAGCAGAGCGCGCUGGAGCUCCGCGGAGAGGAAGGACAGCGGCUCUGAGACGCACCGCAUCGCUCCGUCUCCCGUCGUUCACGUGCGAGGUCUGUGUGAGUCCGUGGUGGAGGCCGAUCUGGUCGAGGCUUUGGAGAAAUUCGGAAACAUCUGUUACGUGAUGAUGAUGCCGUUCAAGCGGCAGGCUCUGGUGGAGUUCGAGGAGGUUCAGAGCGCUGACCGCUGCGUGGCGUGUGGCUCGCAGGAGCCCGUCUACAUCGCAGGACAGCAGGCCUACUUCAACUACUCCACCAGCAAACGCAUCACGCGGCCCACCAACGCCGACGACCCCAACAGCGGGAACAAAGUGCUGCUGCUGUCCAUCCAGAACCCACUCUACCCCAUCACUACGGAUGUUUUGUACACGGUCUGUAACCCGAUCGGAAGCGUGCUGCGGAUCGUGAUCUUCAAGAGGAACGGGAUCCAGGCCAUGGUGGAGUUUGAAUCCAUCCAGAAUGCUCAGAAGGCCAAAGCAGCCCUCAAUGGGGCUGACAUCUAUGCUGGCUGCUGCACGCUGAAAAUCGAAUACGCUCGGCCCUCACGCCUCAAUGUCAUCAGAAACGACAAUGACAGCUGGGACUACACCAAACCCUUCCUGCUGCGCCGAGAGCGCGGUAAAGGCCGACAGCGGCAGGCCAUCCUGGGAGAACAUCCGUCCUCAUACAGCGAUAACGGAUACGGCUCUCACUGCCCCCUGCUGCCGCUGCCCGGUAAUAACCGCUUCAAGCGCGGCUCUCAUGAUGUCCCGGAGGUGGUUGCGUAUCCGCUGCCCCAGACAUCCUCAUACAUGAGCCACACCUCCAGCUCCGUCGCCAUGGUGAGCGGCCUGCAUCCCGCCAAGAUGAACUGCACUCGCAUCUUCAACCUCUUCUGUCUCUAUGGAAACAUCGAGAAGGUGAAGUUCAUGAAGAGCGUCCCGGGCACGGCUCUAGUAGAGAUGAGUGAUGAGUACGCGGUCGACAGAGCCAUCACACACCUCAACAGCAUCAAGGUGUUCAGCAAACGCCUCAAUGUCUGGUGCGUUCCUGAAUCGCACUCACGCUCCUCUGUUGUUUCGCAGUUAUGCACCGAACACGACGUCCCAGGAUUCAUCAAAUACAAGGUGUUUGACGCCAAACCCAGCUCAAAGACCAUCUCUGGCCUGCUGGAGUUCGACAGUAAGACUCACGCCGUGGAGGUUCUGACGGUCCUCAACCACUAUCAGAUCCGGAUCCCCAACGGUUCAAACCCGUACACACUGAAGCUGUGCUUCUCCACCUCCUCACACCUCUGAGCCGGAGCGACCGAUACCAUCAUCUUCAUCUUCAUCACCACCACCUCCCCUCAGACCCCACUCACCCUCGGGUUUAGUCCUCUUUAGUUAUUCAUCUGUGAUCUGAUCAAACCAGGAAACACACACACACUCUCACACACACACACACACACUCACACACACACACUCUCACAC